AGGCCACCUUAGACAACUCCGUUUUUUGCGCACAUACACAGCCACACACACCACAGCAGUCUGGCGCACUUUAACAUUAGCCUAUCUUUCUAGAUUACCGCAUUUGACGCUCUCGCCCUCCAGUGCAGAAGUACAGUGGGAAGGCUUUUGUUUUCUCGACAGCUUCUGGUGGGCAUCUUCAAAGUUGCAGUGCUGCGCUUUCUGCGACCUUUUUGUUACAAGAAAGAGGAAUUAGGAAACCUAUUUCCCAUGAAGCGCUCCGUCAACUGUUACGUGGCGCGUUCACAGAGGGUGUUGCCAAUCUGUGUCUGCCUCGGUCUUCUUCUCCUCAUCGUCGCCUCAGCGGGCUGUGCAUCCGCGGCCGCUUUCACCGAUGGCACAAGUGGGGGUGCGACCGGAAGAGCCUUCGUGACGCACUGCGAACACGCCCCCGAGAGCACGGCGCCCGCCUCGUCGACGGAGUUGGGUGGAUGUCAACGCAAGCUGGUGGUCGAUCUCACGCUGGACGACAGCACAGUGGCCGGGUCCAUCCUUGAGGCGGACGUGGUCGUCUCCGCUGCUCUGAACCAAGCUGUCUUCUCCGAAGGGGAGAUGGCGAGCGCAGGUGGCACGGCGACAACGGCCACCACCCUUCAGGUGACCAUGCCUCCCUUUUACAUUCGCUUUCGACGCGGCGGUGUGCAGAUGCGGUACGGACUGACGUACCUGCGCGAUUUCCCUGCUGCGCUGCGGGACUACGUCCAAGCACUGCGCGCCGCGAUGAAGUGCGACGACGGCGUCACUCGCUGCCCCUCCUACACCCCCCUCUCUCGCAGCGGCGAAACCGUCGCAGAAGCCGCACCGGUGGUGGUGGCGAACCCACUCGGGGUGUGCUGCCUGUGCACCAGCGUGGAGUGUGCGCUGUCGAAUGACAUGUGCAAUGCGUCCAUGCGCUCCUACUCUUGCUUCCGCACGGCGGCAGCGCUGAGCAUUUGUGUGAGGGAGGACGGCGCGCGCUAUGGGGGGUGGUCCAUCAGCGCGGGAUCGCCGUACUACGCACUGAACACGUCGGUGAGUGGCGCUGGAGUGCCCUCCACUUCCUUCCUACUGACGACGGACAAGGUGGACGUCCAAGCCGGUCCCUCACGCAUGCAGCUCUUGCAGGUGUCCGAUGUGGACACGGCGGUGGCUGGUUUGCGACUCAACGUGUCGCAGCGGGUCCUGUUCACCCCCCUCUCGGGCGAUCGCGUCGCUGCCGGCGUCUCGGAGUGGAUGCUUGUGCCCACCGGUCUCGUCACCGCAGCGGGAAACGAAUGCAACAAGGUGGGCAUCACGCCGGAGUACUUCUACUCCUUGUCCAGUCUGUCCCAGUGCAACGCCCCGAACGGCGCCUGCCUGGCGAACCAACUUGAGGAUCUGCGUGCCGCCGACGUGGCAAGCAUCGCGCAGGGCGGUGGCGGAAACUACCUAGCCGACUACCUCGGCUCCUUCUCGCAACAAACUAUCGGCGCGCGGCGCUACCUGCUGGACGAGGUCGAGCGCAGCGGUGGCGCAACGCUGCGGUGGUCGACCAACGCGGAUGCCAUCACCUUCAUUCCAGUGCCGGUGCACGGCAGCCUUGUCUCCGCCUUUUAUGCGGCGGGCGCAGCCCAGAUAUCCGUCGCGGUGGCGAACAGCGGUGCGUACGCUGGUGUCUACUACGUGGUCGUGGACAACUGUACCACUUCCUCGGCGCAUGUCAUGCAUUGCGACAGCGGUGACGGCGUUGGCCAUGCAUGCGCCGCACACGUUCUGGUCCGUGGCAACAGCACAACGAGCUCUCUUUUCCAAAUGUCGAGCGCUGCUGAUGCGGUGGGUGAGACGGCGAGCUGCACCAUUGCGCUGCGUGACGCCGUCAACGCGACGCUCGACUCCGCCUACGUCAGCUGGACAGUGGAGACGACGACCACCACCACAGCUCCGCCGCUGACGAAAGCACAGCAAUGCCAGCGCUGUGCCUUUCAUAACAUACACUGCCUCUUCCACGGCGUGUGUGAGUGGCAGAUGCUGGUGUGGACAGUGGUGGCGCUCGUGGUGACGUGGUGUCCGUACGCAAUUCUGGCGUACUGGCGUGUCGCGUGGCAACUGCGCACAAAGUGCGGCAUUUAG